AUGACCCCACCAGAUCGCGAGCUCCAACGCAUCAACCCUAAGGGUCGUCCGGUGAAGCAGUGUGAGCACUGCCGUGGUGCUCGCCAGUCCAGGUCCCAUCAUACGAAGUGCGAGUGCGGCGACAAGAAGCCGAAGGGGAGUUCGAAGGGUGAGGCAUCUGGUACUCCAGAAGUCGAGGGUGAUUCUCAUCCUCAUGCAGUAGACGAUCAGAGUUGCCGCUGUUAUAGUGGCUUGCCUUGCAUCUGUGGCAUGAAGAGAGAGCACCACGAUCUGAAGAUGCCGACUGGGUUAUCGAAAGCCUCCCACCCGAUGAAGCAUAGACCUCCUCUUACAGCUACGCACUCCGAAGCGAAUAUGACCGUCUUCGCCAAUGGUCACCACAAACCCUAUCACAGGCUAAACAAUGCGGCUCAUACUUCGGGCGUCCCCUAUAAGAUCCCGCGGGCCCAUACGUUGCACGGCCCUAGUUACCAUUCUCGAGAUCACCUACAACAGACCGACGGCUCAGAGAAUGGCGCAGGCCAAGGUCCGAAUGCGGACUGUACUCUGCCCAGCAGUAACGACGACAGUCCAUUCAGUGGAUUUGGUUUCUCAAACCGCUCGGCAGAUACGCUGCCCCUAGCGCCGGUCACCAGUGGUAUGAGCGGUGACAUAGCCUCUUACGAUCCGUCACGCUCGAACUAUGGGUUCGUACAGGCCCCAACAGCUCCUGGCCUGCACUUUGAUGGCUCUAAUGAGCCCAACGUCGAUGUCGCUUCUGGCUUACCGGUAACACGCCAAUGGCCGUGGGUCAAUACAGACGUUCCCUCAGCAAGCCAACCUGGGUAUGGUGACUCGUCAGCUUCUCCGACAGGUGCUUACUUCGCAACCCACGAUGUAGACUGGGCUAUUCCCUCCGCUGGCUUUACCGACCCGUCAUGGACCGCCUGGGACUUGCCAUUAGACCCGGCUAAGUUAUCUGGCGGUGAAUUACAACUGCUAUCUCACAGUGGAGAUUCUAAUCUUCAAGGUGUUCCGAGCCUUACGGCGUCCUCUUCGGGAGCACAAUCCGAGAUCGGUGAACCUGGAUGCCAUCACGAUGUGGAUCUGUGGCCCCAACAGCAGUCUGUCAACACCGAGGAAUUGUCCGCAUGGGACGAGAGCUUCCACAGUCUUCCGUUGAACCCGUCUCGUUUCAGCUCUGCAUCACUUCAUGUUGGCGACCUACGCCACGCUCCAACUUCUGUUCCCGCGAACAUUCGUCAUUCGCUCAACCUCGAUCUCAUCCGUCCAUCCCACAACGGGUCUUUUGUGAAGCAGCGAGCAAGAGCAGGCACCGCAGAGAGCAAAUCUGGCCACGGGAAUUCAAGCCACCUGCGGCAGAUGCAGCAGUUGCAACAGCCCUCCAAGACAGGAUUCGGCUUUGACGGCUAUUUUACAUCGGAAAACGCCAUGUCCUCCGCCUAUGCAACGCCACCGAUAUGCUCUACCUCGAUGAGUGAGCCACUGUUUAUCCCGGGGUCCAGCUCAGCAAGCAUGGAUGUGGAGCCAUCCGGCGGAGCCGCGGACUGGUCGUCACUGCUACCAAACCAGAAUUCCGGCCUUGAUAAUUCCUCGCUUAUCUCACUGCCUGCCUCGCUGCCACCUGAGUGGAAUUCCGCCCACUUAAACUGGCUCUAG